ACUGUCAUGUUUUUGUGAGUACGAUUGUAAGGAAAUGUGUAGGAUGUAGGAAAGAACAUCACAUACUUGAAAACAUACAGUACAGUUCUAUUUUACACACAACAUUAAUCUAUUGUUUUUUAAUCUGAACUAAUUAUUAUACAAUCAUAUUUAAAUUUGGGAAAAGUGUGUUGACGGUUUUGUUAAAAGAAAUGUGAAAAUACAGGAAGCAACUUUUUGAAGGUCCUGUGUUUGAUUCCCAGGUGGAGUGGUCUGGAUCUUUGUGUGUGUGUGUGUGUGUGUGUGUCUGCCCUGUGAUGGACUGGCGACCUGUCCGGGGUGUUUUCUGCUUUUUGCCCACUCACUGUGACCCUGACCAGGAUACAGCGGUGGUAAAACAAUCAGUGAAUUAAUGAAUUUUUGACCAAUUGUAUAUUAACAUGUAGGUGUGUGUGAUUACAGAUUCAGAAACAGAUCAGGACGGCUUCAGGAUGAGUACCACACGUGACGACGACUCAGACGAGAGUUCUGAGGAUUCUGAACCCAGUGCUGUGUCUAUGAAGAGUCAUAAUUCAAUAAUUGAACCAAUACGAUUUAGUAUGCAAAGUUCUGAGGAUUCUGAACCCAGUGCUGUGUCUAUGAAGAGUCAUAAUUCAAUAAUUGAACCAAUACGAUUUCGCAAUCAAAGUUCUGAGGAUUCUGAACCCAGUGCUGUGUCUAUGAAGAGUCAUAAUUCAAUAAUUGAACCAAUACGAUUUAGUAUGCAAAGUUCUGAGGAUUCUGAACCCAGUGCUGUGUCUAUGAAGAGUCAUAAUUCAAUAAUUGAACCAAUACGAUUUCGCAAUCAAAGGUUUAAUAAAUACUAUACUAACAUGAUGAAGGAAAAGCCGGGUCAUAGCAGCGCUGAUUAUAAAUACCAGACGAAUUUAAAAAUGCUGCAGAAACAGAUCCAACAGAUGCACCAAACUCGACAGGACUCUGUAUUGCUGCAUUUAUAUAAAUCCAAACUGUGGAGCAGAUUUCAGAGAAUUAACGAAGGAAUCCCGACACAAGCUGGGAUCUCGAGACUCCUGAUCGAGGUCUACACAGAUCUCUAUAUCACAGAGUGUGGAUAUGGAGAAGUCAAUAAUGAACAUGAGGUCAGAUGUAUUGAAAGGUCAUGCAGGCGCUUAACGAUUCAGGCGUCACCCAUCAACUGCAACGACAUAUUCAGGUCUUUACCAGGACAGGACAGAGGCAUCAGAACGGUGCUGACUAAAGGAAUUGCUGGAAUUGGAAAAACGGUGUCUGUGCAGAAGUUUAUUCUGGACUGGGCUGAAGGGAAAGCGAAUCAGGACUUGGAUUUCAUAUUCCCAUUUCCCUUCAGAGAGUUAAAUCUGAUGAAGGGGAAACGUCUCAGUUUGGUGGAGCUUGUUCACUGGUUUUUCCCUGAAACUAAACAGCUUAACACAGACUUUCACCACCGCAAGGUUCUGUUUAUUUUUGAUGGUCUGGAUGAGUGUCGAUUUCUUCUAGAUUUUCAGAACUACAGACUCUUGUCUGAUCUAAACGAGUCGGCUUCAGUCGACGUCUUGCUGACGAAUCUCAUCAAGGGGAAUCUGCUUCCGUCCGCUCUUCUCUGGAUAACCUCUCGGCCGGCAGCGGCCAGUCAGAUUGCGCCGGAUCGCGUUGACCGGGUAACAGAGGUGCAAGGGUUCAGUGACCCACAAAAAGAGGAAUACUUCAGAAAAAGAAUCAGUGAACGGACCCUGGCUGAUAGAAUCAUAGCCCACCUGAGGUCAUCUCGAAGCCUUUACAUUAUGUGUCACAUGCCGGUCUUCUGUUGGAUCACCGCCACUGUUCUAGAAAGGAGGUUGAGUGAAGCGGUGACCGGAGAGAUUCCCAAAACCCUGACACAAAUGUUCACACACUUCCUGGUUUUAAUAAUCGAGUUUGGGACCCUGAAGUAUCGAGGGAAAUAUAAAAAGGAUCCUCACCAGACUGCAGACAUCAUACUGAAACUUGGGAGUCUGGCUUUCCAACAGCUUAAGAAAGGCAACCUGAUCUUCUACGAGGACGACCUCAGAGAGUGUGGCAUCGAUGUCAGGGAGGCAACAGUGUACUCUGGGGUUUGCACCCAAAUCUUUAUAGAGGAGUUCACCCUGAAUCUGGGGAAGAUGUACAGCUUCGUUCAUCUGAGUGUUCAGGAACAUAUCGCAGCCGUUUACGUCUUUUUCUCCUGUAUCAAUGGAAAGAUCUCUGGACUGUUCGGCCUUUCCAGAAACACAACCCUCCCUGAGUUGUUGAAGACAGCUGUGGACAAGGCCUUACAGAGUGACAACGGGCACCUAGACCUUUUCCUUCGCUUCCUGCUUGGCCUGUCAGUGGAAUCCAACUCGGUUCUUUUAGAACGUCUACUGACCCCGACGGGACGCAGCGCUCACAGUGCUACCGAUACUGACUGUGGAAUAACUCAGUACAUGAAGCAGAAGAUUCAUGAGAAUCCAUCAGAAGAAAAAUUCAUCAAUCUGUUCCACUGUCUGAAUGAACUGAAUGACGCUUCUCUGGAAAAAGAGGUCCAAAGAUAUCUGACCAGGGAAGAAAAUUAUCGCCUGCGUGGAGUCCAGCUGUCUCCAGUGCAGUGGUCAGCUCUGGUGUUUGUGAUCCUCAACUCAGACGAGGAGCUGGAGGUGUUUAAUCUGAAAAAAUACGUAGCAUCAGAAGAAUGCUUCCUGAAACUGCUGCCAGUGGCCAAAGCAUCCAGAAGAGCUGUGCUGUGUGAGAGUAAUCUUACAAAAAAAAGUUGUAAAGCUCUGGCAACGAUUCUCACCACAACCUGCUCGUGUAUAAAAGAGCUCGACCUGAGUGACAACAAACUGCUGGACUCUGGAGUUCAGCUGCUCUCGGCUGGACUGAACAGCCCAUGUUGUAAACUGGAGAUACUGAGACUUGGUGCUUGUGGUCUCACUGAGAAAAGCUGCUCAGUUCUUGCAUCGACUCUCAGUUUAAACACGUCAUGUCUGAGAGAGCUUCGUCUCAGCCAGAAUAAACUGGGGGAUUCAGGGGUGAAGCGUCUCUCUGAGGCACUGCAGAGUCCAUAUUGUAAACUAGAGACAUUAAGGUUGAAUAACUGCGGUUUCAUGGACGAUGGCUUUACUGCUGUGAUUAAAGCUCUGAGUUUGAAUCCUUCUCACCUCAAAGCUCUGAAUUUGGGAAGGAAUAAAGCGGGACCCACAGGAAUCCACCUGCUCUCUGAUCUACUGAGGGAUCCACACUGUAAUCUGGAGACACUAAAACUGUUCGACUGCAGCAUUACAGAGGACGGCAGCACUCGUCUGAUUUCAGCUCUCAUAAGGAACCCUUCUCACCUGAAAGAGCUCGAUCUGGGCUGGAAUACAGUAGGAGACUCUGGAAUGAAGUUAAUCUCUGAUCUACUAAACAAGCCACAGUGUAAAAUCGAUACACUGAAGCUGCAUGAUUGCAAGAUUACAGACGAAGGCUGUGCUGCUCUGCUCAAAGUUCUGAGUUCAAAUCGCUCAUUACACCUGAGAGAGCUUGAUAUGAGCUCCAAUGAUAUAGGCGAUCAGGCAGUGCAUCAGCUGGCAAACUUCAAGGAUGAUGAAAACUACAGACUGGCGAAGUUGGAAAUCUAAAAUCUAGAAACCUGAUUUGCUGUGAGAGUCCUGACAAAAGGAUAAAGUGAUACUGGAUUAUCGUUGUAAAAAAUACACCCCAACCCACCUACUCAUUACUCGUGAUUCAUCAUUCCUUUCAAUUCCAGUGGAAAAUAUGGAGGCAAUUUUCAACGAUCUUGGAUAUGACCAUAUUUGUUCUUUUUUUUCCUCUGUGCUCCCAUAUUUAGGUGUGGUCCGCAUACCUGAUCCUGAUCGGAUUGAAUCUGUUCAAUACAAUAUUAUGUUUGAACUGUACUAUAUUGUACUAUGUUUAACUACGGUGUAAAUAAUUGCUUUUGUAUAUACAGUGGUACUUGAAAGUUUGUGAACCCUAUAGAAUUUUCUAUAUUUCUGCAUAAAUAUGACCUAAAACAUCAUCAGAAGUCCUAAAAGUAGAUAAAGAGAAUCCAGUCAAACAAAUGAGACAAAAAUAUUAUACUUGGUCAUAUUUGUGAGUAGCAAAAGUAUGUGAACCUUUGCUUUCAGUAUCUGGUGUGACCCCCCUUUUGCAGCAAUAACUGCAACUAAACGUUUCCGGUAACUGUUGAUCAGUCCUGCACACCGGCUUGGAGGAAUUUUAGCCCAUUCCUCCGUACAGAACAGCUUUAACUCUGGGAUGUUGGUAGGUUUCCUCACAUUAACUGCUCGCUUCAGGUCCUUCCACAACAUUUCGAUUGGAUUAAGGUCAGGACUUUGACUUGGCCAUUCCAAAACAUGAACUUUAUUCUUCUUUAACCGUUCUUUGUAGAACGACUUGUGUGCUUAGGGUCGUUGUCUUGCUGCAUGACCCACCUUCUCUUGAGAUUCAGUUUAUGGACAGAUGUCCUGACAUUUUCCUUAAGAAUUCUCUGAUAUAAUUCAGAAAUCAUUGUUCCAUCAAUGAUGGCAAGUUGUCCUGGCCCAGAUGCAGCAAAACAGGCGCAAACCAUGAUACUACCACCACCAUGUUUCACAGAUGGGAUAAGGUUCUUAUGCUGGAAUGCAGUGUUUUCCUUUCUCCAAACAUAACGCUUUUCAUUUAAACCAAAAAGUUCUAUUUUGGUCUCAUCCGUCCACAAAACAUUCUUCCAGUAGCCUUCUGGCUCGUCCACGUGAUCUGUAGCAAACUGCAGACGAGCAGCAAUGUUCUUUUUGGAGAGCAGUGGCUUUCUCCUUGCAACCCUGCCAUGCACACCAUUGUUGUUCAGUGUUCUCCUGAUGGUGGACUCAUGAACAUUAACAUUAGCCAAUGUGAGAGAGGCCUUCAGUUGUUUAGAAGUUACCCUGGGGUCCUUUGUGACCUCGCCGACUAUUACACGCCUUGCUCUUGGAGUGAUCUUUGUUGGUCGACCACUCCUGGGGAGGGUAACAAUGGUCUUGAAUUUCCUCCAUUUGUACACAAUCUGUCUGACUGUGGAUUGGUGGAGUCCAAACUCUUUAGAGAUGGUUUUGUAACCUUUUCCAGCCUGAUGAGCAUCAACAACUCUUUUUCUGAGGUCCUCAGAAAUCUCCUUUGUUCGUGCCAUGAUACACUACCACAAACAUGUGUUGUGAAGAGCAGACUUUGAUAGAUCCCUGUUCUUUAAAUAAAACAGGGUGCCCACUCACACCUGAUUAUCAUCCCAUUGAUUGAAAACACCUGACUCUAAUUUCACCUUCAAAUUAACUGCGAAUCCUAGAGGUUCACAUACUUUUGCCACUCACAGAUAUGUAAUAUUGGAUAAUUUUCCUCAAUAAAUAAAUGACCAAGUAACAUGAAGUAACAACCAUAAUAUAAAUACUAAAUAGAGUGUUUAGCGGUAAAACCAUUUAGGAAAUGUGUAAGAAAGACUGUAUGUGUUAUAUGGGUGAUUCUUCAGUUGCGGGCUCUUUUUACCAUCUUAAGUUUUGAAAAAUAAAAUUAGUAAUAAUUUAGUUUUAAUUAUGUCAAGAUAAUGCUUACAUGCUUUAGAGCAAAGACUUAAUGAUGGCUACAAUUGAAUUUUAAUAUUUCAAAUUUAUUUGCGAAGUGGCCAUGGAUUUGCUAAAGCUAGUCCACAGCUAGUACAAGAUGCACUUUAAAUACAUAUAAAUAAUGUGUUUUUUUGGUAAAGUACUGCCAUAUUGAUGUUAAUGGUAAUGACGCUGAAUAAAUAUACUCUAUGAUCAGGAGGAAUACAUGAUUAAAUUACUCACAUUUCCAGACAUUAAAAUGUUAAUCUUUUCUCAUGGCUGGCAUGUGCUUCCUUGCCAGUCUUUGUUUCCAUGGUUACAACAUAAACAAGUGUCACCUUCAAAUGAUUCCCUACAGAAACCGUACACUGUUGCGGUAAUGACGAUAAUGCCGGGGACAGUAAUAUAUUGCUCAAAAAUAUGCAUAGGUUGUACGAAUAUGUAAAAAAAAAGUUAUUAUGAAACUCAUAUUGUGAUUUUUAUAAUGAAUUUAUCACUUUUUAGCAUUUUAUUAGAGCAGAGAAGUUUUAAAGUCUGGGUUGGUGACAAGGCCAAAGUAGCAAAAUAUUGAUGUUUAAAUCAUCAUAAAAAAAUAUAAAUCAUAAUUAUUUUGGUAUGUAUUUUUUUUAGUAAUGCAUCUUUUUAAUUUCUAAAAUAUUUGUUUUGUAAUAAAGUAUUUUUAACACAAAUUUAUAACCUAGGGACGUAAAAGUUCCCCCAACUAAAGAAUCACCCACAUACAUCACACCAGAGUAAACAUGAUUUCAGACAAAUGUACAAUGCAAGAUAGGUGGAAAGUGAUGUGUUGGGGUGUCAAAUGUUUUUCAAUAUAUUGUACAAGCUGUUUAUUUACACAAAUACUGUCAGUUUUUGUUUAUUCAGCAUCUAAAUGUACAUAUAUUAAAGGUUUUGUGGACAGUG